AAAGGUUUGGACCCCAUGGGAUCCCUGUGACAGUAUUUCCCAAAAGGGAAUAUAAGGGUAAACCUGAAGCCAUGCAGCUCCAAAGUAAUACAUUCCAACAAGGGACAGAAGUCAAGCGAGAAGCGAAUGGUGCUGUUCCCCACGACCCUUCUCCUGUCCCACCUCCUGAGCCAACCCUGGCUGAAAGCCUGUGGACUUCCAAACCACCACCUCUCUUCCAUGAAGGAGCACCUUAUCCCCCACCUUUGUUUAUCAGGGACACAUACAACCAAUCAAUACCUCAGCCACCGCCUCGGAAAAUUAAGCGACCCAAACGAAAAAUGUACAGGGAAGAACCCACUUCGAUCAUGAAUGCUAUUAAACUACGACCUAGGCAAGUCCUGUGUGACAAAUGUAAGAACAGUGUUGUUGCUGAAAAAAAGGAAAUUAGAAAAGGUAGCAGUGCAAGUGACUCUUCUAAAUAUGAAGAUAAAAAACGGAGAAAUGAAAGUGUAACUACUGUGAACAAAAAACUUAAAACUGACCAUAAAGUGGAUGGGAAAAACCAAAAUGAAAGCCAGAAGAGAAAUACUGUGGUGAAGGUUUCAGGUCUUGCUCACAGCAGAGGUAGAGUGGUUAAAGUUUCUGCUCAGGCAAAUACAUCAAAGGCUCAUUUAAGUACUAAAAAAGUGCUCCAGAGUAAGAACAUGGAUCAUGCGAAAGCUCGGGAAGUGUUGAAAAUUGCCAAAGAAAAGGCACAAAAGAAGCAAAAUGAAACCUCUACUUCAAAAAACGCACAUUCAAAAGUCCAUUACACACGUCGUUAUCAGAACCCUAGCUCAGGUUCCCUUCCACCCCGGGUUCGCUUAAAACCACAAAGGUACAGGAAUGAAGAAAAUGACUCUUCUCUGAAGACAGGACUUGAGAAAAUGCGGAGUGGCAAGAUGGCACCCAAGCCCCAGUCUCGCUGCACCUCCACCCGCUCAGCAGGUGAGGCCCCUUCAGAAAAUCAGAGUCCCUCAAAAGGCCCUGAAGAGGCCAGCAGGGAGGUUCAGGACACAAAUGAAGUGCAUGUGCCUGGUGAGCUGGAUGAACCACAGACAUUGGGCAAAAAGGGCAGCAAAAGCAAUAUCUCUGUUUACGUGACCCUAAAUCAAAAGAAAUCUGACUCUUCCAAUGCCUCAGUGUGUAGCAUCGAUAGCACAGAUGAUCUGAAAUCUUCCAACUCUGAGUGUAGUUCUUCAGACAGCUUUGAUUUUCCUCCAGGCAGUAUGCAUGCACCGUCCACCUCCUCCACUUCCUCCUCUUCAAAGGAAGAGAAAAAGCUCAGUAAUUCCUUAAAAAUGAAAAUCUUUUCCAAAAAUGUCUCUAAAUGCAUCACACCAGAUGGCAGGACCAUAUGUGUAGGGGACAUUGUUUGGGCCAAGAUUUACGGUUUCCCUUGGUGGCCAGCCCGUAUUCUUACUAUAACUGUGAGCCGGAAAGAUAAUGGCCUUUUAGUCCGACAGGAGGCCCGCAUUUCAUGGUUCGGGUCUCCAACAACAUCUUUCCUUGCUCUUUCACAACUCUCCCCCUUUUUAGAAAACUUCCAGUCACGCUUUAAUAAGAAGAGAAAGGGCCUGUAUCGAAAGGCCAUCACAGAGGCAGCUAAGGCUGCUAAACAGCUGACCCCUGAAGUGCGGGCUCUGUUAACACAGUUUGAAACUUGA